AUGCUCAAAGCAAUCUUCUUUGCCACCUUCGACGUCACCGAAGGCCCCAAAGUCCUCCACCAAGUCCCCACCUCCUCCAUAACCGCCUCCCCCUCCUCCCCCGCCAUCCCUCUCAUCCACUUCCCCCCGAUCUCCUCCCUCCUCAUCCCGCACCCGACCCUCUGCAACAGCGGCCUCGUGACCCUGACCCACUCCCACCACCGCAUCCUCUCCUACCCGCAACACAUCGCCUCCCCCCGCUACCCGCGCAACGCCUACACCUUCAACUUCUGCCUCGUGCUGGCCGAGGAGGCGGACUUCAGCUCCUACGUCCCCGUGGUGCGGAAGCUGAACGCCCUCUUCCGCACGCUGGAGGAGCAGGGCCAGUUCCUGUCCCGGGACGGCGCCGGCAAGGUCUACGCGCUGUGCGAGAUCCUGCUCGAGGACCUGAACAACUACUCCGAGGCCAUGAUCCCCAUCGACGCCGCCAACACCCUCAACAUCAAACUCUUCCCCACCUACCCGCCCCCGCCGCCCCUCCACGCCCACCACGUGCCCCUCGCCACCGUCCGCCUCGCCGGCCUCGUCGACGAGAACUGGGACCUCACCAUGCUGCGCCUGCUCCCCUGGAUCGACGGCGUCAACAGCGUUAAGCAGAUCGCGCUGCUCGCCGACGCCGACUUCAAGCUCGUCCGCAAGGCCAUCCGGCACCUGCUCUACUACGGCUGCGUGCUCUUGCUCGACAUCUUCAGCUUCGGGGCCAUCUACGCGCCGACGGCGGAGGUGGCGGCGUUUGUCGAGAGUCAGGAGAUGCAGGCGGAGUGCGCGAGGUAUGUCGCUCUGGGGGAGGGGGAUGGGUCCAGCGCGGAGGAGGGGCAGGGGAGGGCGUUGAGUGGUACGCAACUGGCGGAGCUCUACCUGUCGUUGAGACAGGGCCACAGUGUCAAGAGCUGGUGCAUGGAGCAUGCGGACGCGGCGGGUCGGAUCGACGUGAGACGCUUCGUCACGUUCGGUGUCAUCAAGGGCUUCUUGUACAGGGUGCACAAGUACGCGUUGGCGACGUCGAUCCACCGGUCCGGCUCGAGGCGAUUGACAAAGGCGAAUGUCCAUCGGUCGAAGCCGGGGGAGGGGCAGAAGAAGGAGAGGAUGGGCGGGGGGGUGGAGAAUGUGGAUUUGGGGAAAUAUCUCGACGGCACGCAUUGCUUUGACGAGAUAUGUACGGAUCUGAUGAUUAGUGAGAAGGAGUUGACGGCGAGGUUGAAGGCUUGGGGGGAUGUGCAGAUUAUAUGCCGAUGA